AUGGUGUGUCUACAGAAGGCAUUCGAAGGCGAAAAUUUGCCAGCUCUCGUCAAUAAAAUUAUGACGGGUACAUAUGCCCCUGUCCGUGGUCCAUAUUCGUCAGAAAUCAAGCUGUUGAUUCGGGAACUUCUUCAGCACGACCCUGAAGCUCGUCCACGGGCUGCUGAAGCACUGCGAGUGGCAAUCAGUCGUACACAUGCUAUGGUUCUCAGCUAUGAUAACGAAAUUUUUGCAUGGGGAAGCAAUGCCCAUGGGCAACUGGGCCUCGGCGACACUAAAGUCGUGUCCCUUAGAGGAAGAGACGUCCUCUCUAUUGGCGUUGGAUCAGGCUUUAGUGUGGUGCGUUGCGAUCGUGGAACUAUUCUUGCUUGUGGCGAUGCCCGUAUGGUAGGGCUGGGCGGCAAUGAGGAUGUCACUCGACCAACGCUGCUUGACGAUUUAUUGCGGGUUCAUAUUUCGGAAUUAGUAUGUGGAAUGGAGCACUGUAUGGUGUUAACAGAAGAAGGCGACAUAUAUGUAUGGGGAAAUGGUGAAGAUGGUCGACUGGGAACAGGCAAAUCUGAAUGGGUAACCACCCCUACAAAGAGUUGUGUCGUUGAAGGCGUUCGAGUAACCAGUUGUCGAGCCGGUAUAAAUGCCUCAGCUUUAUUGACCGAGGAUGGUAGAUUACUUGCUAUGGGUAACAAUCACUACAACAAAUUGAAUUUGGCUCAGCGUCAGGGCUUCUUCACACGGGAACGAAAGGUUCACCCUUGUAUUGUGAGCUGUACAACUUUUUUAGAAAAAACUUUUUUUCAGGAUAAAUUUUCCAAUAUACUUGUGCCAACGAUAGUCAAAGCUUUUCCAAAUCGCGUAAUCGAUGUGCACCUUGGGGAAUUCCACACUGGAGUUCUCCUUGAUUCUGGUGAAGUGUACUUCAUGGGUAGGAAUACGAACUUCGAAUUGGGUCUGGGCAACUCACAGCCUCAAUGUGGUUUGCGGCCAGUAAAAACGCUUCUUACCAAGGCAUGUUCGAAACUGGCUUGCGGUGACGGAUACUCAUUGGUGGGAACCACGGACCAUGAACUCUACUUCUGGGGUUGCAAAUCGAUGCCCAUUUUUAAUGAUGUUGUAACAUUGCCUUCACUUAUUCUGAGGUUGGACAGCGGUGACUCUGAGAAGGAGAUCCGUCUAUCGAGUAUCCAUGUCUGUGGCGGUAAUACAUAUGUGCUAGUGGACACGUAUGAAGCCUUGGCAGCGUCAACGUCUCGCAAAGUUUUUCUUCGAGGCGCCUCCGCACCCGUUAUACGAGAGGACAAAGACGACAAAGUUCAUACAUGGCUAAGGAAUGAGCUUGAGCAAGCAGAAGUUAUUCCAAUAAGGAAGAAUCAGGUAAGGCGUCUCCACUUGAAAGCAUCUUCUGAUUCGGCAUUGAUGCGAGAAAUCGAAGCACUGAAGCAGCAAAUCAAGGAGCAGUCCAAUACUUUCGAAGGCCAUCAAGCUCAAAUGUCCAAGUUGCAGGAAAAACUCGCUGAGCUGCAGAAACGACAGGCCGAAUUGAGAAAAAGUGAGCCACCCCCGGCGUAUGUACCAAAAGCUCCGCUGAUUUUUGCAGAGACAAAGAGUCGAGCCUGCACUUUAUUGUAG